AUGUUUGUGGAUGGAGAACUUGAGGGGGAGAGAUGGGCAAAGGUCGCCACAGAAAUCAUCGAACCGAGUGUGGAAACGUCUCUGUUUAGUGACGAUGGGGACGAGACAAAAGUGUUCAGCGAAGGAGCUUCGCUACCGCUGGCCCCGCGGGAAAACCGCUGCAGACGGCUGGGCAUGUUAUCUUCUGCUAAAACCAGCAUCAUCAGUGAGAAGGCACGGCAGCUCUUAGCUACUCCCAAGAACAGUCUCCGCGAGCCCUCACGGGGACCGCCCAGCCCCAAAAUGGAGCCAGAAGACAUCUUUGAACCCCGGGAGAGCAUUGCGAGAAAAGCCAAUCAAACGCUUGACAAGCACGUGUCAAUCAAAUUGACGGAGAGACCAGGGAGCCCGCGGGAGAUUGAGUCGAACGCCUCUCGCUGCAGAGGGCCGUACGAGGACAGAGUUGUGGACAAGGGAGUGAGGGGGAUCGCCGAGGGGGGGAAACUCAUUCACCAAUUGUGUACUAAGUGCAAUAAAAGCCAUGGAGUCAAGGGUCAAAAGGUCAAGUUCAGGUCGAGGUCACAGGCGGAACAAAGUUCAGACAGUGAAGGGGAGUGUAACCUGAGCGGGGAUGAACUCGGGGCCCUGAGAACAAAAGGACUAACACGGAGAAAGAGCAAGCGAGUACGAUCCAGAAGCGAGGGAGACGAGAUUAUAGUGCAACAUGAGUAUGUGCUGACCAACAAGGCUCCACUGUGGAACGAGAGCACACAGGUGUACCAGCUGGACUUCGGAGGGCGGGUGACACAGGAGUCAGCUAAGAACUUCCAAGUGGAGUUGGAGGGCCAGCAGGUGCUGCAGUUUGGGAGAAUUGAUGUGAAUGCCUACACUCUAGACUUCCAGCAUCCAUUCACAGCACUACAGGCCUUUGCCGUGGCCCUGGCCAAUGUCACACAGAGACUGAAGUAA